AAAAACAAAAUAAAGAUGUGGAAUAAUUUUGAACAAUCCCCUUUGGAAGAUGAAACUAUUUCAAAUGCUUUCUCUUCUCGGGGAAUAUUUCGUAUUACCAGUGAAGAUGAGAUCCUACAUCAUCCUCAUGUGCAGGCCUCGGUGCAAAAUAAACGUAUGGUUGUGGCCGUGGAUAAAAGCAUUUUCCUUUUGGAGGAUGAACUUGUGGCCAAGUGUUUUGUAUUGUCUUUUAAUGCCAACAUUGAUAUUUUGGCCAUUUCGCAUACAGGCAAUUUAAUUGUCUGCGGUUUGAGUGAUGGUGAAAUUCAUGGAAUUUAUAUCAAGGGUGUACCAUUGUUUAGUCAAUCGAUUAAAGCCGAGGAUAUACAUGUUGUGGGUGGCAAGACAUUUGCUGGCAUACAACAGGUGGGCAAUACAUUUUGCAUAACAUGCACAAAUGGCAGUGUUUAUAGCUUGACCGAAAUCGAUGAAAGUCCUUUGGAGGAUAAAUUAAACACGUCGUUGGUUGAAAAUGAAAUAAGCGAUUUGGAAAAACAUUUCUCCAGUGUUUGCCUCAAACGUAUGUUUACCAUUAGGGGGCUGAAUGAAAUCACUGCCGCAUUGUUGAUCAAUCAAAAUAUGGAUUAUGUUGAUAUGAGUAAACAAAUGGAACCACUGGUUAUUGCCGGUGCUCAUAAUGCUGUCUAUUUGCGUUCGUCACCGGAUGAUAUUGUGCGAUUGAGUAUUCCCGAAAUGUAUCAGGGUGUCAAGGAAAUCUAUAAUUUGGAAAAUUUCAUUAUCAUUCUAACCAAUUCGGGACAUUUAUUGGAACUUUGUCCAUAUACAAAAAUUCUAUUGGAUACCUGUGAGCUAAGCGAUCCACCAUUAUUAAUCGACAAUCUAAUUGUUAUGGAUUGCAAUGAUGAGCAUAUUGAAUUCCUUAUUCUCACCAAGCAUACCAAACAAGAUGAACGUUGUAUUAAAAUUGUCGAUUAUCCCGGUCUUAAAUGCCACAAUGAAUUGGAUGUGUCGGAACACUCUUGGUUGGUACAGCAACCAAAAUGUUCAGUAAAUUUAUAUUAUUUAUCUGGUGGUGAAUGUAAUGCAAAUGAUUUACCCACCAUUUUGGAAAUGAUUUUGGUUUCGGAAACACAUCCAAGUGAACGUUUUAAGAAACUAAUUGCCAAGGGCCACUUGGAAGAGGCUGAAGAUUUUGGUCGACAAUUUGAGUUAUGUCUACAGCCGAUUUAUGAGGCAAAGGCUAAGAAGAUAUUAGUUGAAAUGAAUUCGUUGAGUGAUAAUAACCCCGAAUUAUUAAAUGAGCUUUUUGCCAAUCUAAUGGAACUUUUACACAAAAUUGAAAACAAAGAAUUCUUCCGGCAAAAUCGUAUGUUUAACAUACCAUCCCGAAAGAUUUUGGAGAAAUAUCUUAAAGAGGUUCUAAAUCAUUUGGAUGAAGAGAUCGACGAACAACAUAUUUUAGAAAUUGUUGAGCAAUUGGAUCGUUUGAAAACACUGGCCAUUCUUGAUCCCUAUGAAAUAAAUAUGGAUUGGCAAAAAUUUGUCUAUCAUCCAAAUUUAAUAAAAUAUAUAAAUUCUUUAUUUAAAUCGGAUAUGUCAACAGCAUCCUUAAUCUGGAAACGUCACUCAUGUGCCAUAUUACCGCAAUUAAAUGAAAAUGAGUUGAGAAAGUUGCUGAGUUUAAUACCCAGUGAUACAAAACCUUUCAAUAUUUUACAAUGGCUUAGGCAAUUUGUUCCAGUUGUUAGUAAUACCCAUCCAAAUAUAAUGCCAUUCAUAACCGACUGGAGUAUUGAAAAAACACGUUCACUGCAAUAUGCUGAACAUUGGCCUGAAAUUGGUUUGGAAUUUUCAACAAAAGUCACUGAAAUAUUUGAGGAUAUACAAUUUAUGCACUCGGAUGUGAGACGGCAACAUGAACGUAACAUUUCCAAGCUAAGGGAUUUGGUUAAUGCCCUGCAGGAUUUAUUUGUGCUGAAGAAGAGUUAUAAUCUUAUUUUUACAUUGGAUAAUUAUUUGCAGGACAGCAUUGAUGAAACGGCUAAAUGUAUUUUGCUACGUGUCCAUUUGGAUAAUUUAAAAAGUUUGGUCAAUGAUUUCCUUUAUCCAAUAUAUCAGGAAAAAGGCAAAUCUCCAGUGGCUGCCAUUAGACGUUAUAUAUGUCAAUUGGUUGCCAGUCGAAAUUCAUUUUCCACAUGGCUGGAGAGAUCAGUGGCCUGCAUCGACCUUUUGCACAAUGAAGAUGAUCGUUUGGAAUCGGCUUUAUUAGUGCUACAGAACUCUCCCGUUCCCUGGCCUGAUACGGUUGAUCCUUUGAUCAAAUUACGCUACUCAACCCACCCAUUGGCAUUGAAAAUCAAUACAGAAUAUGAAAUUCAAGUUAUUAAAAUUAUGAAAGCCAAAUAUAAUUGGCCAGCCGAUUGUGCAUCAGAUAUGAAUUUAAAUUUAUUUAUGUUUCGUAUUAUAAAAAUGGAUUUACCCGAUAUGUUGGAUGAUAUACGCAUUUUGACGAAAGCAGCACCAGAAAUUGCCACCGCGGCCAAUUUUAAUUGUUGCUAUCAAAUGGUGCGAAAGGGUAAGCCAGAUGUGGCAUGUGAAUUUUUUAAAUCUCUUAAGGCCGAUAUAAAUCCGAAAUAUGCCACAGAGGUGGCGGAACUAUUUGCGGAAGUUUUGGAACACUCUCCCACACCCCUAACUGAGGCGGCAAUAUUGGAACAAAAAAAUCUAAUUGAAUUCUUUAAAUUCAUUUCAUCUAAGACUUGUCCAACAGCACAGAAACGUUUGAAGGCCAUACAAAAUCGUUUCAUUCUUCGGCACAAAUACGAUUUACAAAUCAACGAUGUCAUUGAUUUGGCACCCUAUCAAAAUCGUCUACACUAUCUCAGCAUGGCUUUGGAAAAUGUCAUUAAACGUAGCCAAGAAACCGAUAAUGUUUGUAAUUAUUUUGUUGGUGAAAUUUCCGAUUUGGCCAAUGCCUUGGAUUUAUCGAAAAUGUUUGUGGUAAAGCGAUUGUGUCAGCGUACAAAAUGUCUCAUCAUAACCUGUGCACUAACCUAUCAAAUGUUAGAUAUUAUCGAUUGUAAUAAGGAUAAUAAAAAUGAUUUUAUUGACUUGGCUCUGGAGUUAUUGGCCCAACAAAUACAGCUGACAAAAAGUUCACAGAACUCCAGUACAUUGGCUGCCCUACUCAAUGAUAAUGAUCCUUUGGCUUUCCCCUUGGCAUAUGAGUUAUUGGUUCGGGCCUCUGUGGUGGAGACGAAUCGAAUCAAUGAAUUGUCGGAAUUAAUAAAUUAUGUGCGAAUUGGUAGUACCGGUUAUAGUUCAGAUGCCAUAUCACAAUUUUAUGAAAAUCGUGAUAAGGAAAUAUCGCAAUUAAUUUGUGAGGCCAUAGAUGCCUCAGAAAUAACUGUGGGCGAGAUCACAUUGAAUUUCUCAACGAAUUUGAAUAAUUCCUUUGACAUCAAACAGGAAAUUAAACCCAAAAAACGUUAUUCCGUUUCGGUGUUUGAUGAUGUGGCACCAUUACCCACUCAGACUUCGCAAGCAAAGGUCAAUCACAGUGAACAUAUCCAUAUUGUCAAAUUUAUUUCCCGCACCUUAUUAUUUCUAAUUGUUCAAACUCCUCCCACCAAUUAUCUGUUGAUAAAAUUAAAAGAAUUCAUAUUUGGUCCUAAUUUGGAUAUAAAAAUUGAUGUAGAUAGUGCCAAGGAUGAUUUCUUUGUAUCGUUGGAACAUCUCAUUAAAAAUAAAAUGCACACCGUAUGGUAUACCAUGGCCCAAUAUGUUUUGGACUAUCAAAAACGUCAUAAUUGUAAAUUGAUAAAUUGCGACUUUGUAUCCCUGCAAAUGGGUAGAGUAUUUCGUCAUCUCCUAUCACAGAAGGAUGUCAACUUUCUGGAUCUCUUUGUUAUGCUCAUUUCCGAUCCACAUUCAUCAAUGCUUUUGGAAAAGCUGGAAAAUGAUUUGAAAACUGAUCAACAAAAAGUAAAUUUCCUAAUACUCUCCGAAAUGUAUAAUGUGCAUUCGGAAGAUACCAUCAAUGUGGAGAAUAUUAGGACAAAACGCAUCAAACAUUUUUAUUAUAUGGAAUUUUGCAAACAAGAUCCCUCAAUCAAGGGUAAAUUCAAUGCCGAUAUUGAUUCUAUAGAACAGCUACUGAAAGAAUUUCACAAUAAACAAUUGGAUGUUUCUUUGUUGGAGAGGAUGAGUGCCGAUUUCAAUUUGGACUAUCAAAAAAUGUUGAUAUCACAAGUUAUAAGCAUUUUGCAGGCUCAGGAAAUGCAAUUCGAAAUCAAAACAGAUAGUUUUGGAGAUGAAGAAUUGGUGAUGAUAACAACCGUUGAGAGUAUACGCAACCUAUGUCAACCAUAUAUAAAUGAAAUAAAAAAUACCGAAUUUUUAACAUCCAAACUUAAGCAAUUUAUAGAUGAGAUUAACAUCUAUUUCUAUGAAUUAUAUUUAUGCGUCAUCGAAAUUCUCUUAUACUUCGAAGCUGUGCCAAAAGAAAUGCAAGUUUGGACAAGUAUUCUACAUUUUCUAAAACAUAAAAUGGUUGUACGAAGACGCAACCGUCCCGGUCAAUUAGAGAAUGAUAUGUGGUUUGAAUCACAAAAAGAGAUUGGUGUCUUACCGAAGAUAGCACGUUAUCGUUUGCCAUUUAAACCGAUUGUCGAACAACCGCUGAAGGAUAUUUUAGAUUCCGAAUUAAAUGUCGACAAUUGUGAAUCAUGGUUUCCACUUAUACAAAUGCACACUGUGCUUAAGGGUUCCACAGAUAUUGCACACAAUUGUGACUAUUUUUGUAUGUCGGCUGUUAAGAAUUCCAUUACAGAAUACAAAAGUCGGGAUGAUGGUGAAACAUGGCAUUUGCAACCUACAAAUAAUGCUUUCCUUAAAUCCAUUUUACGUUUGGUUAAACAUGUCCAUAAUCCUUCCAAAGCAUUCCUGAUCUUAUAUUUUGUUUCCAAUUAUGCCCCUGAUGGUGCUGAUCAAGUUGAGGCAUCCUAUGAAUGUUAUAAAUAUUGUAUAGAACAUGAAAAGGAAAUAACCGAUACAAAAUGUCAAGAGCAAAUUAUUAAAAUUAAACGAAAUUUCCCCAUAUUGAAGACACAACAUCUGCUUUACAUUUAUGGGUUAACCGAUGAGAAGACAAUGCGUCUUAUUGAAAAUCCCACUGAGUUAAUAUAUCAUUUGUAUCAUCAUGAUAUACUAUUGAAAGGAGGUAAAUUGGACAUCAAUACGGUGGUGAAAGAAAUUGCCGAAUUGCAUAAUCUGAAUUUGGAAACGAUACAAUUUAAAUUGCUACAAAAAUGGUUGUCGUUUACGGUUGACACCCCAGAUGGUACGGUAUUGGAUGAAACGCUCUUUGAAGAUCAAAAUUUGGCCGAUAAUGCCAGUGAAGAUUCAGGAACAUCGGCAGAAAAUGUUAUAAGAGCAAAUUAUGUCAUCAAUAGCUGGCCUAAAGAAGUGGCAGUGCAAUUUUUGGUAGCUCAUAUUUUUCCAGCUGAUGGCACCGUUAAUACCUCCAAACAGCUACAAAUGUAUGAAUGCUAUUUCAAAUUGUACGAUGGCAGUAAAUCGUUUGACAAUACCUUGAGUCAGAAGCAAUAUAUUACCAUAAAAUGUGUCCAUGAACUGAAAAAACUCGGCUAUAAUUCUAGUUUAGAUAAAUUCGCGAAUAGCAAUAAAAUUGAUAUCCUCAAGACAAUAUGGCAGCGAAACACUCACAACGCCAAUACAUUACAAAUAUUGGCAAACAUUUGUCUUGGAUUUGAUAUCUAUUUAUCGAAAGUUUGGAAUGGUAUAUUGAAACGUAUGGUUAUGAUUGGUAUGGUGAAGGAAUUGAAUGCCUUAGUGGAUUUGCUAUCAUGUAAACCGCAAUUGUUGCACACAGAAGGUUUAAUUUUGGCAUGGGAUUGUGUUCUAAUGCAUCCCUUUAAAAAUGCCAAUCAAACCAAGUCGAUGGAACAGGAGGAACUAUUGCAUAAGACAUUGUUCCGAUUGCAGAGCUGUCCCGUGGUGCAUUCUUUGAAUCUUUUGAAAUUUGCCGAAAAUUGUGAACGUUUGAAUAGACCCCACAUGGCUGCAAUAUUUUUGGCAUUCUGUCGAACUGACGAACAAAGAAAUCAAAUUAAAAAUCUCAUCACAACACGCAAUGCUAAAAUGCGUCAAGACAUUUUAGAUUUAGAAGAUGCCGGAAUACUACCAUUUAUUUUAAAUUUUGCUCUUAAAGAAUUGAAAUUAUAGAUUAUU